AUGUCUCUUAAAUUUAGUUCAGUUGUCCCAUUUAGCCUAAGAAAUCCAUAUAAUUAUUUUUCCCGACUAUUUAUGAACCAGGGGGGACAAAAAAAAAAUUGUGAUAUGAAAAAAAUGAGUAUAAGUGUUUAUAAAAGUAAAAUAUUUAAUACGAAAGAUGUUGUUGAGGUGUGCAUACAACAGAGGAACCUAAAAUUAGAAUCAUCUAGUUUCAAAGAUUCUGUUUAUAAACUGAAUGAACAUAAAAUAAAUGUUAAUGAGUUAGAAAAAACAGAUGAAUCGUGUUGCACUUGUACAAAAAUAUCAGGAGUAGGGGAAGGGAAGACACCAACAGAAGUGAAAAUAGACAAAGCAAAACAUUGUGGUUACAACACAGAUGAGGUGAAAUGUUUAUAUAUUUUUUUUCUAAUAAAUAUGUUAAGAUUUAAAAACAAUUUAGAUUUAAAUUUGAUAAGAAGUGUUUGCAAUUCUAUUAAUAGUACCACUAGUUCUUCUUGUAUAAAUAUGCAAAAAUGCCAAUCUUGCUCUACUUGUUCUUCUGUAAAUGUACCUAUAUCUAGUGAACUUUUCCAUAAAAAUUUGCACAGUGCAAAAUUAAGAGAAUUUUUCAUUUUGAAUUUAAAAAAAUGUGGCAAAUUAGAAUAUAACUUGAAUGAUUUCAACAUAUGCAUAAGUAGUGUUAUCGAAAAAUGUAGUAUGAUUUUUUUAAAUGCAUUCAAAACGGUUUCGCUGUGCAAAUAUCUAACUUGUUGCUUAUGCAACAUUUUGGAAUUAUUUCAUAUAAAUUGUGACAUUUUAUUUAAGAAUACAUUUAAUAAUAAUGUAAACAAUAGCAACAUACAAUCAAUAAACAACCUGAUAUGUAAGAUAAAAUGGAUGACUCACGAUUCUAAGGUGGAGAAGAAUAAGGACUUGUCCAAAAUGUUUAGUUCAAACUUGUUACUAUUUGUUUACACACAUAGCAAGUUAACAGAUGAAUGUGAAUAUUUUAUUCAAUUAAUGAAUCAGAAUUUUAAAAAUAUCAUAGAUAAUUAUAGAAGUGAGUAUAUAAAUGAGAUGAAUUCAUUAAAUUGUUAUAUCAGCAUUUUGUGUAAAAAUAUAAAUGAAAGUUUUGGAAUUCAUGUUAAAAAUUUGCUAGAAAUUGUAUCUAAGGUGAUACCCUUAUUUGUUAACAAGCUGCAUGAUUUUAUUGUGGAAAAUGAACAAAUUACAGAAGUACAUGAAGUUUUGAAGAUGCCACCAUCUUACGGAUUCACAUUCUCAUCUGACGUUGUGGAAGAAAGAAGCUUGUUGAAUUCUUUUUUAUCCGACUUGUAUCUAGAAAAAUAUUUUAAAAAUAUUGAAAAAGGGUUCAUACAUAUGGUAUACCAAGAUGAGGUGCAAAGGUUUAGAGAAAUAAUGAAUACAUUUAGCGAUCUCCUAAUUUUGUUAACAGAUAUUAUUAUACAUAUGAACAUAAUGUACGAUAUAAAAGCAUAUAAUAAAGCGCUAGUACAAGUUUUAAAAAAUAAAAAAGUGUCAAGCUGUGUUCACAAUAUAGGAGUGGGGUGUCUUGAAUUUAAGAAUUUUCUGUAUUCUCUUAUAACUCCAAAAGGGGAUUGUAAAUUGAAUAUUUUUAAUCAAUCAGAAGAAGAGGAAAUACCAAUAAUGAAUAAUAACAUGAUUGUAAGUAAUAACCUUUUUCCAUUAUUAAAAAAAAAGUUUACUAUAUACAAAUUUGAUGAUGAAAUAGGAGAAAUAUUAAUACAAAAGAAUAUUAAUUUUAAUUUGAAAGUUCCGAAAGGGGCAAAAGAUUUUACAGGUGAAGAUAUGCAAUUGAGAAAUAUAUUUUUUGAUUAUAUUAAAAAGAAAUUCUUACUACAUGGAGCAGUAGAAAUAGAUACUCCUGUAUUUGAACUAAAAGAGACCUUAACAGAUAAGUACGGGGAGGAUUCCAAAUUAAUAUUUGAUUUGAAAGACCAAGGAGGAGAAAAUUUAUCGUUGAGAUAUGAUUUGACUGUGCCAUUAUAUCGAUUUGUUAACACGAAUAAUAUGAAUUCUUUAAAAAGAUUUCAUAUAGGAAAGGUAUAUAGAAGAGAUGAACCAAGUAUGAACAGAGGAAGAUUUAGAGAAUUUUAUCAAUGUGAUUUUGAUAUUGUUGGAAAGUAUGACACAAUACGUACAGAUUUUCAUAUUUUAUUCAUAUUUUGGGACAUUUUAAAUAAUUUAAGAAAAGUGAUUGGUAAUUUUAAUUGUAAAAUAAAUCAUAGAAAAAUAUUAGAAUAUAUGCUUUUGUCUUGCGAUAUUCAAAAGGAUAAGGUAAAAACGAUUUCUAGUAGUAUAGAUAAAUUGGACAAGAUAACGUUUCAACAAUUUAGAGAAGAAUUAUUAAAUGAAAAAGGAAUUCCUAUCGAAUCUGUAGAUAAAAUUGAAACCUACAUUUCAAAGACCUUAAGUUUGUCUCCAUUCUUGGUUAUUGAAUUUUUACGAAACGAUUUAAAUGAAUCCCCUUUUGACGAUUCUUAUAAAAGUGAAAUUAAUCAAACAAUAAAUCAUUUAGAAGAAAUUUUUGAACUAUUAAAACAUUUUAACAUGCUAAAUCAGUUUUCCUUUGAUUUAUCCCUAGCUAGAGGUUUGGAUUAUUACACAGGAAUCAUAUUCGAAUUCGUUUUGCUCUCCGAAACAGGUGUAGGUAGUAUAGCUGCUGGAGGGAGAUAUGAUUACUUGAUAAGAAACAAGCGAAAAGAAUACAUUCCAUCUGUUGGUGCAUCUAUUGGUAUUGAACGAAUCAUAGCAAUUGCUGAGGGGGUGAUAAAGAAGAACUAUAUGUUUCCUCUAGGAGGGGAAAUCUCUAAUAAGAAGGAGGUAACUGGAAACGGUACUCCAGUAGGAAAUGUUCCUGCAACAGAUAAUAAUUCCACAACUGGAAAUAAUAACAAAAUCCAGAAUCAAAACACUUCUUUCACAUUAACCAUGAAAGACAGUUCAGUAGAAGUUCUCAUAUGCAACAUUAAGAAAAAUUGUUUUAAGGAAAUUAUAGAAUUAUGUAAAAAACUGUGGGAUGAAAAUAUAUCUACCGAAUUUAUAUACGUAAAGGAUCAAAAGAUACAAAAACAGCUCGUUUAUGCCUUAGAAAAACAGAUACCUCUGGCUGUUAUAAUUGGUGAUGAAAUUGAAAGGGGUGUCAUCAAAUUACGAGAGCUAACCCUGGAUAAGGAGAAAUCAGGUGGAGAACAAGAAAUAAGACUAGACGAUUGUGUGCAGGAGAUAAAAAAUUACUUUACGAAGAAUGUUACAUGGAAAGAGAACAUGACAAGUGUUUUAUUUGACAAGGUGGUAUAG